GUGUGCGGAGGACUGUUUUGAUGAGUGUUGCUGUGAGAGCUAGCUAUUUUAAAGCUAUUUUACAGUACUACUGGGACCAUCAGCAGCAGUAGGACCAGACUAGCACGCGGCCAUGCUGAGUUUCCUGCGACGGACUCUGGGUCGACGCUCUGGACGCAAACAUGCUGAGAAAGCCCGGCUCCGGGAGGCACAGCGUGCCCAAAUGCACAUCCCUGCAGCUGGAGAUGCCACAUCCAUCAUUACCUGCAGAGUGUCUUUGCUGGAUGGCACGGACGUCAGCGUUGACCUACCGAAAAAAGCGAAAGGUGAGGAGCUGUUUGAGCAGAUCAUGUAUCACCUGGAUAUAAUUGAGAAGGAUUACUUUGGUCUGCGGUUUAUGGAUUCUGCACAAGUGCCGCAUUGGUUGGAUGUCUCAAAAAGCAUUAAAAAGCAAGUCAAAAUCGGACCUCCAUAUUGCCUCCACCUGCGGGUGAAGUUCUAUUCCUCAGAGCCCAACAAUCUACAUGAGGAGCUGACCAGAUAUUUGUUUGUACUACAGCUGAAACAGGACCUCCUCAGUGGCAAGUUAGAGUGCCCCUUUGAUACAGCAGUGGAACUGGCAGCCUUUGCUCUGCAGGCUGAGCUGGGUGACUGUGACCCCACAGAACACGCCCUUGACCUGGUGUCGGAGUUCCGCUUCAUGCCCAGUCAGACAGAGGAGAUGGAGUCGGCCAUAUAUAAUACCUGGAAAGAGUGCAGAGGUCAGAUGCCUGCCCAGGCUGAGGUAAACUACCUAAACAAGGCCAAAUGGCUGGAGAUGUAUGGGGUGGACAUGCAUAUGGUCAAGGCCAGAGACGGAAAUGAGUACAGCUUGGGACUGACCCCCACUGGGGUCCUAGUGUUUGAGGGUGAAACCAAGAUCGGACUGUUCUUUUGGCCCAAGAUCACACGACUGGAUUUUAAGAAGAACAAGCUGACACUGGUGGUGGUGGAGGACGACGAGCAGGGCAAAGAGCAGGAGCACACCUUUGUAUUUCGUAUGGACCACCCCAAGGCCUGUAAGCAUUUAUGGAAGUGUGCAGUGGAGCAUCAUGCUUUCUUCAGGCUGCGUGGCCCAGUCCAGAAAGGCUCCACCCGCUCUGGCUUCAUUCGCAUGGGUUCCCGCUUCAGAUACAGUGGGAAGACAGAGUACCAGACCACGAAAGCUAACAAAGCUCGGCGUUCCACCACGUUUGAGAGACGGCCCAGUCGUCGCUACUCCAGAAGAACCAUGCAGAGCAGAGCUCCACUAAAAUCCCCAGAGAAUAAUGGAGUAUGUUCUAGUGAAGAGACGCAGUUCCAGCCUGCAUGGGCUGUAGGCCCUGCACUCAUCAGUCCGCCCGCAGGUCAGGCCACUGUGAGCAUCGAAGCUUUCCCUAGGGGUCCUGGUGGCAGUCAAGCAGAGAAGAGUAAGACUGGUGUGGCAGACCUGCUGGAGACCUGCAUUGAUGAGAUCAUCCUCACGCCUGUUUCCAUGGUGACGGUAGGAUUGUCUGAAGAGGCCACCUGCAGUACAGUCGCAGAGGGCCUGACUCUCACAGAAGCUGCAGCUCGACUGAAGCAGCUGGAGAUGGAGAGCACGUCUACCUCUACCCCCUAUCGCUCCAACAUCAAUAUCAACAUGAACAACCAGGAGGAUGUGGCGAAGCUUACAGAGAAGUGUUUGAGCAGUGUGAGCAGCAGUCCUGUUCUACAUCAGCUUAAAGCUCCAGAUGAGAUCAAGAGUAACAUCCUAAAAGCUCAGGCCGAGGCAGUGCUCAGGGUCAAGAAAGAGGAUACCGGGCUUACAGCGGAAAAGAACUGUAACCUGCAGGAUGUAUCGAUCAGGCUGAAAGGUCAUGGUGGGCAGAUGGGCAGCACUUCCUCUCUGUCGCUGGAUAGUAGGGAGGCACUGGUACAGCCAUGUUCCAGCAGCAUUGAAGUGAAAGCUGAUGAGUUAAUCGCCACAGUUCUCAGUGUGCCAGCUGAAUCAGUAACUGAAGACCCAUUAGACAAGGGUAAAGCAGAGGAGCCAGAGCAGCAUUCAGUUCCUCACAGUGAAAACCUGAUUGACUUUACUGAUCCAACACCUGUACAGGUACAGACACCCAAACCCAUCACUGCACCACGAUGGAUCGUUCCAGCAGCUCAUCACACUGGCAACUUUACCAACGGCCUCCAAGAUCUUGAAAAGGCAAAGGUGGCACGUCAGCAUGCAGAAGGAGGCGCUCCACUUCCUACUCAUGCUUCUCACACUCACAAUGUGAUUGCAACCAGCAUUGUGGCUCACCCUCCUCGAGACCAGAACCACAAACCCCGGGGUCUGCUGACCACUGAACUUUGAGAAGCUCAUGUUCGGCACCUGUAGUCGUCUGCCAGCCUGUACCUUACUUUUUCCUAUACAUUCCAGCACAAAGACUAGAGCAACAUGUGAACCCACAUGCUUCUGGAUCAGAAUUGACCGCUUUCACAGCUGGGUGGGAUGGUGAAGCGCUGCUCUCUGCCGUUCACGCAUCUUCUAGUGUAGAUCACAGUUAAAGACUAACCAGCAGGAACACUACAAAUUACUGGUCCUGGAAACAUAUUUAUAGAGCUGACGUAGUAACCGACUUUUAUUAUUUUAUUAUUAUUAUUCACUGUUAUUUUAUUUGGAUUUUAUGAUUUGAAGACACUGUAGUUAUGAGUCAUAAGGAUUAGAACUGUACUACAUACUGGAAUGUUUUUAGAGGAUAUUAUGUAACGCUGGACCACAUGCAGUCUCUGAGAAGUCGAUUUGAUUUUAAUUUUACUACUUUAUCAAUGCUGUUUAACUUUUAUCCAAGUUUUAGUUACAUUGCCUUGUUUUAGUAUUUCCUGGACACAACUGUUCCACUUGCUUUAAAACACACAACAGUAUUUUAAACACUGUUCUGACUGCAACAAUUCACUGGAUUUUUUAUUAUAUUUAAUUUUUAUUAGCACUGCAUAAUGAUAAUCAGCAUUUAGUCAUGACACUGUUUAUAUAAACUGCUGAAUGGUCGACAAUGUGUUUUAGCAUGACUGCACACAAAGCCAAGUCAGUAAAAUCAUGGUUUGGUUUGAUCAUUUUGGUAUGAAGAAACUUGUGGCUUGCAAAUAUCCAUGACUAAACACGAUUGGGAUGAACUGGAAUGUCGUGUGCAAGCCCGGCUUUUUUAAGAGCUCUUUUUUUGCAAAUGCCUUUUUGACUCAAUUGGCACACAUUGAAAGUCGAAUAUAAGCAAGGUCUUUUCAUCCAACAUCAGUGCCUGACCUUUUGAUUAAAUAGAUGCAAAAAUUCACAGACACACUUUUUAUGUUGUAGAAAGCUUUCCUCGAAGAAUGGGAAGCCCCCCAGACUGUGUUCUCUUAAAAUACAUUUGUGCGGAGUAUUUUUAACUGAAUUAGAAAAUACAGUGCCUUGGAAAAGUAUUCAGCCCCCGAAUGAUUGGGAUUUUUGUACACAGGACUAGAAACUUUAUAAAUAAAUCCACCAAUGUUUUCAGUACCAGCAGCACCUCUGUUGCAGCAUCAAGGAGGUGAUUCAGCAUCUGUCCUCAGAUACACUAAACACAAGUUGUGUUUGUAAAAAGCCUCAUCAGUCUGGUGUCAUGAAACCCGUGUCUCCCUGUUGGUAGUGGUACUAGGAAUCAAGUUCAGGGCUUUUUUAGUGGUACGAGGAAUCACGUUCAGGGCUUCUUUAGAUUCUGAUUCAUGUAGUCAUGCUGUUUUGUUUUAAUUAGUGUUUGCUGCUAUCUUUGUCUGAUUUGGAUUAUUUGCUGAAUGUAUCUAGUUCAAAGUCAAGCUUGACAUUUUCUAUACCAGGGCUUCUUAACCUGGGAGCAUCAUGGUACUGUAAAAUAUAAAAGGGCUUUACUGUAAGGAAAUUCAUAGAAAAUAAAUUUGCCAUCCUCCAAAACAGAGCGGAAAUACAUAUGGACACUAACUUAACACAUUGUCCAAACUUAAAAAUAAGACAUUUAUAAAAAAUUUUUAAAUGUUUAUUCUACAAUUUCUAAUAAACUAAUACAAAAAGUGGUGAAGACCCCUGUUCUAGAAUGGCAAUAUUUGCGUGAGCAUUAACUGUCGUGUUCACCAGCUCAUCACUGUGAAAAGCAUUGGGGGUGAAUCAUCAGAAGUGCAGUAUUGUGUAACUAUGUUCUUUUAAUUGAUUCCUUCUUCUGUAUCAUCAGCCAGCUUCACUCUGUAGAAAGUCGUUAAUGUAUUACUGAUGUAAUUAGAGAGCACAGCACUGAUGUCUGAUUGUGAAUGUACGCUAAGAAACUCUAGUAGGCCUAUGUCUUGUGACAUUUUUUAUGUAGAUUCCUUGAGUAAAAAUAUUUUAACACUA